CCUACGGUCACACUGUCGCUGCGUUGGAAUUAAAACAGCAGCAAAAAAAAAAGAAAAGAAAGAAAGAAAAGCAACAGACCGCCCAGCUCCCAGAGAUUUGCUGCCCACGAGUGACGACACCGGACUGCCAUGAAUGUGGACAUGUCCGAGAUAAUUGAGUUCGACAUGCGCGUCAAGGGCGAGUAUUCGGACGACGAUGAAGACAGCCGCGGCGGCGUAGGAUCCGCUGGCGGUGUCGGUGGUGGUGCCAACGGCGUGGUGGACGUUGUGGGCGACGACGCCACCUACGUGGUCCUGGAGGGCCUGACCAAUGACUACGACGAGGAGUUCCUUAUUGUUAACGAGGAUGCCACCGGCGAGGGUGAGCUGCUGCUGGGCGAUUGCCAGCUGCAGCAGCAUGUGGACAAUGGAAUGCUCAUUGCGUCGCGUGUUAAAUCCCUGCCGGUAGACGAUCAGGGCAACCAUUUUGUGAUCACCGAGCUGCGUCUGUCCGAGAUGGGCGAGCUGGUCGAAGAGGAGGAGGAGGAGCAAAAGCAGAAGCUCGUUGCCAACGAUUAUGCCUACAUAUAUCCGCCCAAACAUGAACAGUGCGAUGAUCUGGACAUUAAGCCGGGAAUGUCGCCGCCAUCCCUGCCAUCAUCACCAUCCCCACAAUCACCGCUUCCGCCGCCACCGCCGGCGCUGGCACCACCCACCAUCAAGCUAAAGUCCUCUAACCCGGCGACGCCACAGUUCGUUGUGCGAAGCUAUGGCAACCAGAACGCCGGCGGUGAUGACGGUGAGAUCGCCGACGUAAAGCCCACUGACAAGAUGCUGGAGGAGUUCAAGGGACCACGGCGCUACAUGCUCUUCGACGAUCUGAUAGCCACUAUCGUGGACUUUGACGAGGACAACACACCCAUCGUAGAGUUCUCCAUGAUCAGCAGCCAGACGGACGAGAAGCUGCCGGUGGAGUGUGGCAUCUGUCCCGAUGUCAUGCACAAGUCCAAGCUGUCCAGGCACCAGAAAACGCACCUGGUGCCCGGCACCAACCGGUACGCGUGCGUUUACUGCUCGGAAACGUAUCGUGACUGCAAGUACCUGGCCGGUCAUGCCCGCCGUCACAUGGGCAUCCGUCCCUAUGUGUGUGAGGUGUGUACGCUGUACUUCUCCACCAAGCAGGAUCUGCGCGUGCAUAACCAGCGGCGGCAUUUGGAGAAGGAGCACAUCUGCGAAAUGUGUGGCAAGACGUUUGCCCAGAAUACACAGCUGAAGCGGCAUCGGGAGGCGACGCACGAGAAGAAGCGACGUUUCCAGUGCCAAUACUGCCAGAAGGCCUACUACAAGAACUUCUCGCUGCAGGAGCACAUCCGGAACGUGCACAUGGGCAAGCGGCGCAUGCUCAAGUGCCCCUUCUGCGGCAUGCAGUGCCGGGAUGCCCACAAAAUGGCCCGCCAUCGCAAGGAUAUGCAUCUCAGUCAGGGCCUGUACGAGUGCCAUCUGUGCCAGGAGGAGUUCACCGAUAUUAACUAUUUUGAUGCGCACAAGCGCUCCAUACAGUGCCGGAGCAAUACACGCCGCUAUGUCGGCAGCAAUGACCAGGCGGAUGGCAAUGGCUCGGCUUCGGGUUCCAUUUCUGGCGGAAUGCUUGAUGGCGGCGAUGAUGAUGACGAGGGUAUGGGCAUACUGGAGGAGGAGUAUGAUGAGGAUGCCGGCCUGCUGGUGGAGGAGGGCGAUGCGGAAACUACUGUGGUUGUCAACGGUGGGCACUACCUGAACGUGGCCGAUGAGCAGCAGCAGCAGCAUCACCAGUACGUCCAGAUAGCGGACUACAAUGGCCAGGGGCUGCUGGUGGAGGAAGAGGAGGUGGAGGAGGAGGAGGAAAACGUGGAAAACGACAAUGUGGAUCCAAAUGCUGCAGACGUGGGGGAGGAAUAUUUCAACACUGUCUCGGAGCAGUACCAGCAGCAGCAGCAGAUCAUCAACAUGGUCGAUGAGUUCAACGACGAGCUGAUAUAUGAGAUCACCUUGAAGACUGAGGAUAACUGAGUGCCGCUUCCUACAUAGAUUUAUCCCUUCCUCCUUCCCAAUCCCACUUCCACUCCCAUAUUUCGUUUACCAAUUGUAUAUAGAUCAAUAAUUGUACACGGACGGAGCAGUAAAAACCAAUCUUUUGAA